CCUCUGGAUUUAUCGGUGAAGGAGAUGCAGACCCUGCCCUCCUGGAGUCCACAGUUUGGGGAGCUAGAAAGCUAACAACGAUAGUGAUGUCCAGCAAGGGGGCCACCGGCAGCGACAUCGGGCAGGCCCGCCGGGCCGUGGAGCAGCUGCGGAUGGAGGCGGGCAUCGAGCGCGUGAAGGUGAGGGCCAGGGUGGCACGGGCGUGUCUGGGCGAGGGGGCAGGCGCAGCCCUGGCCUGGCUGACCAGGCUGGCCUGCAGGUGUCCAACGGCUGCCGACCUGCUGCAGUUCUGCACGGAGCAGGCCAAGAGCGACCCCUUCCUUGUGGGCAUCCCAGCGGCUGCCAACCCCUUCAAGGAGAAGAAGCCCUGCGCCAUCCUGUGACCUCCACGGCCCCGACCGCCCAGGAGGCCUCAAUAAAAAUGAAGUGAAGGAUCCUCAGGACGUGGCUUGGUCAGGCUUCAGUGGGGGCAGAGGGGGCCUGCACUGGGGCCACCCGCACACCUGGCGCAGCCCCCCG